AUGGAUCUCAAGGUUGCUGCCGUUCUGCUCUUUUUGUGUGCUACUGUCACCAUCACUGAAGGCGCCAUACCCAAAUGUUGUGUGGCCACUUCAAAAUUAAUUCCUCGAAACAUUUUGAGAAAAGUGGAUAAGUUUGACGUUCAAAGCAGCCAUGGUACAUGUGAAAUUGAUGCGCUGAUACUGCAUGUGAAAGGAAAGAAGUACUGUGCCCACCCAGACGUAAAGAGGAUCCUGAGACAGGUGGAGAGAAACAGGCGAGAGAAGCAAAGGGUGAAGCUGGGAUGGAUCACGAAGAGAUGAGAAUCACCAGAGCACAGGAAAUGCCUGAGAGACUAAGCUGAUAGUGCCAUCUUCUCUAGGGACUUUUCUCUAUGGCAUGCUGUCUGUUGGCCUGCCUCCUUGCCUGGUAA